AUGCAUCCCAAGCACUCGGAGCCCUCAGCGGACGGGGCAGCGGAGCUGGACUGCGCACAGGAGCCGGGCGUGGAGAAGUCCGCGGGUGACCACAACAGCGCGGGUCGAGGGGACCUCAUGGAAGGGGCUGACCGCCAAAUUAAUGAUCCUAAGGAAAUACAUGUGGGUCUUUCUGACACACCCUACCAAGACCAGCAAAAACAGAGUGGUGACAGUGGGUCAGACAGCUGCUUAGCCCACCCAAGAGAUGAUUGGGAAGAUGGGAGUCCCAGAAUGACUAAACGUUUUCUGCAGAAGCUCUGCAAGCAGCACAAGCUGUACACCACCCCAGCACUGAACGACACGCUGUAUCUACACUUCAAAGGCUUCAGUCGCAUCGAGAACUUGGAGGAGUACACAGGCCUGCGCUGCCUCUGGCUGGAAUGCAAUGGCAUCCAGAGGAUCGAGAACCUGGGGGCCCAGAGUGAGCUGCGCUGCCUCUUCCUGCAGGUGAACCUGCUUCACAAAAUCGAGAACCUGGAGCCCCUGCAGAAGCUGGAUGCGCUCAACCUCAGCAACAAUUACAUCAAAACCCUCGAGAACCUCUCCUGCCUCCCAGUCCUGAACACACUACAGAUAGCGCACAAUCACCUUGAGACCACAGAAGACAUUCAGCAUUUGAAGGAAUGCCUGAGACUGUGCGUCCUUGACCUUUCCCACAACAAACUGAGCGAUCCAGACAUCCUGAGCGUUCUGGAGAGCAUGCCCGACCUGCGUGUCCUGAAUUUGAUGGGAAACCCAGUGAUUAGGAAUAUUCCUAAUUAUCGAAGGACGGUCACUGUUCGACUAAAACACUUAACGUACCUGGAUGACAGGCCGGUUUUUCCAAAGGACAGAGCUUGUGCAGAGGCCUGGGCCAGGGGUGGGCACAUGGCCGAGAGGGAGGAAAGAGAGCGGUGGGAGAGCCAAGAGCGGAAGAAGGUCACAGACAGCAUCGAAGCCCUGGCGAUGUUGAAGCGGCAGGCUGAGGAGAGGCGGCGGCGGAGGGAGCCUCAGCAGGAAGGGGAGAUGCCCUCGCCAGGCCCCGAUGAGGGCACCCAUGCUGGUCCAGAAGGCGAGAAAGAGCCUUGCGGGGAUGGAGACCUGAGGCAGAAGAUGGAGCUGUUUGUUAAGGAGAGCUUCGAGGCCAGGGAUGCGCUCUUCCCGGAAGAGCCACGUGCAGGAGAGGAGCUGCCCGCAGUGGUUGGCGGGGAGGCUGGAGACCAGGAGCCAGAGGGGGGCCUGUGGGCAGAGGCCCCGCCACUGCCACCCCUGGGAGCUGCCGGGGAAGAAGCGCCUCCCCAGGCCUUGGCCACUGCAGGUGAACCGGUCACAGAACUCGGCGGAGGAGCCAGAACUGGAGACAGCAGAGCUACAGGGCUGGAGGCAGGGAGGCCACUCUUCAUUGAUGACUGCUGGCUCCCAGAGAUGGGACUGUCCCAUGUCCCUCCCCUGGGGCCUAUCCAGGAAGUGUCUGAUCACAGCCUAGCAGGUUCCUCUGCCCUGAGGCUCUUCCCAUUUGGAGGACAGUCACCGCAGGAAUUCACACAUGUGCCACUGCCCCCCCAGGAACUGUGCUCUGAAGGGGACCUUCCUGACCUGGAAGACGUGGACAACACAGGAGAAUACCUGAAGGACCAGGACAAGAAAAUGUGCUUUCCGAAGAUCGAGGCCAUCCCGAGCUUGAGUGAUGACAGUGACCCUGAACUGGACUGUGUGUCGCUCCCCCUGCUGGAAACUGCGCCCACAGACGCCCUUGCAAACAUAUUUGCCGUCUCCAGAGGCUCCCCGAGGGCGCGGGCACCCUUCACAGACAUAUGCAGGGGAGACACAGAGAGGGCUGCGGAGACCCAAGGACACGAUGGCAAGUCCCCACUGCCGCUGGUCCAGGAGCUCAGCGACCAGAAGCCUGCAGGCCAACCACCCACUUCAGGUGGGGCGGGGGACAGCAGCCUCCUGGCGGCCUCUGCACCAGGUGAGAGCUCAGUGCAGAGAGGCACUGUCGGUCGGAGCCCCAGGCAUGGCUCCGAGCAGUCCAUGUUCCUGGGGGGGCCACUGGGGACAGGCGGUGUAGACUCUUCCCAGGUCUUGGUCCUGUGUCACCACCCUGGAGCUGUUGCUCACCGGGCCGUCUGGCUGAGAAGCCGCCGAGUGACUGUCCUUGGGCACUCGAGCCUGGCCGUGUGGGCACCACAGGGCCCCUGUGGAACCAGCCUGGAAAAGCAUGCGGUGCAGUCCAAAGUGGAGCCCGUUGGGCCCAGGAUGGGGGCAGGCCAGGACGACACUGGAUUUGGCUUGGACUGA